AUGACAUCACUGGUUUAUGCUCGAUGGCUCCGUAUUGAAGAUGAUUUGAGCAGUGGAGCGUACACAGACUUGAUUUCUAUGCGUCAGAGGCUUCAUGAUUGUUGGAUUACUCUACAAGAGCUAGCAGUGAAGAACGGUUACACACCCCCUAUUACAGACAUCACAAAGACAACAGAGAUGAAGAAGUGCGAAGACGAUGCUAAGGCAGUAAAUGCACUUCUAGGCUCCCUGGUGAACAACGAAUUUGCUAGAGUGGUCGGUUGCACAACAUCAAAGGAGAUUUGGGAUAAACUUAAAAAUGUCCAUGAAGGAGAUAAUAAAAUUAGAGAGGCAAAGCUACAACACCACAGGAACUUGUUUGAAGGGUUGAAGAUGACUCAGGCAGAGACAGUUGAACAGUUCAUGAGCAAGGUAAACGAAAUCAUCAACUCCAUUAGAGGGUUAGGUGAAGAAUUGAAGGAUGCAAUAGUAGUGAAGAAAAUAUUGAGAUCUUUACCUAAAUUAUACAACCUGAAGGUGUCUGCAAUAGAAGAGUCAAAAAAUUUGAACACCUUGAACAUGGAUGAGUUGCAUAGAACUUUAACGGCUUAUGAGAUGAGAAUGGUCAAGUCCAAACCAACAGAGAAGGAAGCCGCAUUUAAAACCAUGAAGAAACUAAAAAUCAAGGAAGAUAUUGAAGAUGAGGAUUCUAAUGAUGAGUUAAUUGCCUACUUGGCUAGAAAGCUCAAGAGAGGCGGAGGCAAAUACAAGGGAAAACUUCCCUUGAAAUGUUUUGACUGUGGUGGAAUUGGGAACUUUGCUUCAAAGUGUCCCAAGAAAGGCAAGGUUAUAGAUUCUGAUGAUGAAGAUACUCAAGAGAGCAGUGUGCAACACAAGGCUACUUAUGAGUCUAAAGAAGAGGAAGAACAUGAAGCUGAGUAUGACCUGCAAGCAGAGUUGUAUUCUGCUUUAACUAAUCUCAAGAGUGCCAAAAAGAAGAUAAAAACCUUACAGAGUCAGCUUGUGGAGAAGGAAGAGCAGGUCAGCCAAUUAAACAUUACUGUUGAAGAGAUGACCAAGAUCACUGAUGAGUUGAGUAUCAAUCUAUCAUCCAACGUAGAGGAGUGCACUGUCCUUGAAGAGAAAUUGAAGAUAUUGAAGAUUGAAUUGGAAGAGAUACAGAAGAUGAACUUACAAGAAGAAAUUACAUCAUCUCCUCCAGUUAACAUUUUGAAAUCCAAAGGCAAGGAAGUUUUGUCUCAACCAACUGGAGUGGAUAUUUCAUCAUCUAGAAAGUCAAAUGAAAAUGUGUUAGAUGAGAUCCUUAGCCUUCAGAGGCCUUUAAAUUUGAAGAUUGGCUUAGGAUAUGUGAAAGAAGGAUCUUCUGGAGCAGUGAAGACCAAAGGCACAGGAACUGCAGGAAACCCGGUAAGAUUUGUUAAGGAGAAACAGAGGGGCUCACAUGUUAAAAAGGUUGCUAAGAGGACAGUUGACAAAGAUGGGUUUACUUCAGUCAAUUAUCAGAAGGCAAGAGGUUCUUGGUUUGGAAACAAUGAUGGGGCAAAGAUAGAAGGCAGAGGCACAGUGAAGCUGGAUACAAGAAAUGUCAAGACAAACAAUAUCCUAUAUGUUAGCGGUCUGAAGCACAACCUACUCAGUGUGAGCCAAAUUUGUGACAGUGGAAAUCAAGUCUUGUUCACCAAGGAGGGUUGUGUGAUCAAGAAGAUAAAAAAUGGAAAGACUGUGGCACGAGGAAGAAGAACUGCAGACAAUCUAUAUACACUUUCAGAAGCACAUGAAGAUAGAUGUAUGUUGGGACAUGAAGAUGAAAACUUGUUAUGGUAUAGGAGAUUGGGACACAUCAGCUUCAAGAAUUUAGCUAAAUUGAGUAAGAAAAAGGUAGUUAGAGAUCUACCCAAAAUCAAGUCUCCAACAUACCAUGUUUGUGCACCAUGUCAGAAAGGAAAGCAAACUAGGGCCACAUACAAGUAA